CCAGGAGGCUUCUGUGCGAAGCGCGAAACCAGAGGUUCUCUGCCUGACUUGCACUUGCGCGCCCGGGGAAAGGGUCCGGGAGCGGUUCCGAGGCCGCGGCGGAGCCGGUGGAGUCCGGGGUUCCGAGGCAUAUCCCAGGGAGCAGGGAUUGGAUCAAGUAACGGCAUCCAGGGUAUGGGCAAAACGAAGAAGUCACGGAGAGUUUGCCCUCGGAGCGAGGCAAGCGUUACGUAGGAUCUGGGGUGGGCAACAGUCUGUGCAGUGUGGAUCAGAGAGGAGGAAACGCCGCAAUGUGAGGGACUGGUCAGCCUUGUCAUUUCAGCAUUCUGCCUUUCCUGUGAGGAGGAAGAUCAGCCAAGUCCCAGUCCAGAGCUGUGCCAUGGCAGAGACUAGGGAAGAGGAGAUGGUGUCAGCAGAGGCCUCAGGGUUUUCAGACUUCAGUGACUCAGAGUUUCUGGACCUGGAGGAUACCCAAGAGUCAAGUACUUCACCUAACAAGCCUGGUCCUUCUUCUGAACUCCCUGGGAAGGAUGGCAAGCUCAUAAGCUUACCAAAAUGGAAAAGAGGAUUGGAUGUCUCGUCACCUAUGGAACAAUUCCAUCUUAAAUAUUUGUAUGUCACUGACCUGUCUACUCAGAACUGGUGUGAACAGCAAAUGGUAUAUGGGAAGGAGCUUCCUGGUUUCUUGACACCUGAGAAGUCAGCUGUUUUGGACACUGGUGCCAGCAUCCACCUAGCUAGAGAACUAGAAGUUCAUGAUCUUGUGACUGUCCCCAUCACCUCUAAAGAAGAUGCUUGGGCAAUUAAGUUUCUGAACAUAUUAUCAAUGAUUCCUACCCUGCAGUCAGAAGGGCGCAUCAGAGAGUUUCCAGUGUUUGGAGAAGUGGAGGGUGUGCUCCUUGUUGGAGUGAUUGAUGAGCUGCACUAUACAGCCAGGGGGGAACUGGAACUGGCUGAACUCAAGACACGCAGGCACCCUGUGCUCCCUCCGGACGCUCAGAAAAAAAAAGACGGUUUUCAGGUUAGCCUGUACAAAUAUAUCUUUGAUGCCAUGGUACAAGGGAAAGUGACCACUGCUAGCCUAAUCCACCACACAAAAUUGCAUCCAGAAAAGCCACUGGGACCUUCAGUGCUGGGGCAUGCCCGGCAGGGAGGCUUCUCUGUGAAGUCCUUCGGUGACCUCAUGGAGCUGGUCUUCUUGUCUCUAACGCUGUCUGACCUCCCAGUUAUUGAUAUCCUGAAGAUUGAGUAUAUCCACCAAGAGACUGCCACUGUGCUGGGUACAGAGAUAGUGGCCUUUGAAGAGACAGAGGUGAGAAACAAAGUGCAGCACUAUAUGGCCUACUGGAUGGGCCACCGAGAGCCUCAAGGGGUUGAUGUGGAGGAGGCUUGGAAAUGCCGGACAUGCAACUAUGCAGAUAUCUGUGAGUGGAGGAAGAGCAGUGGGUUGCCCAACUCCAUGCCAGAGCCGCAAGCCAAAAAAGCCAAAUGAACGGAAGAUAGACUGUCAGGAACGUUGAUCUUUCCUGCUCGUAAUGUACUCAGCAGAGUGAAAGAAGACCAGUCUCUGAGCUUGACUUCCAUGGAGAGUGUUCUUAUUUUGGUUCUUUUCAUAUUUCCUCAGCCUCUUACCACACAAAUCCAGGACCAAGGCUCAGGGGUGAGUGGGAGAGAUCUGGGAUUAUACUGUCCCUGGAGCUUCGCCGUAGAUUGCCAAGAAGACAGAUGCUUAUCAUGGCUGGAGCAAGGUAUCCUUCAUCAAUCAUUGCUUUCCUGAGAAGAUUCUUCGGUUUCUUUUAAGUCUCUUCCCUAUUUUUUUCUCAAUCAGGGUUUCUACAUUUUAUAUAAUGAAAUAAAAUGAAACACUGUCCAGGUUGGUUGAACUGGUUUUUUUCAUAAUCUCAACCCUUCAAAGAGGACCACCAGAAUAGUUGU